UAAUGAUUAAUUUCUCACACAGCACUGUAACUUUUACUCUCCUGUUUUAUCUUGUUUUUAUUUUCUAAUCAACUCUUAACUCUUAAGUGUUUUGAGUAUCAUAAGCCUGUAUAUAGUAUAUAACCCUGAACAGUAUAAAUGGGCAUGAUUAUGACGGGAAAAAGAGGGACACAAUUGACUCAAACAUGUUUUUUUUAUAUAGAAGGAAACCAUUUCUAUUUCUUUAUAUUUUGUAUUCUAAAUAUAAAGUUCUACAAAGUUUUCUUUUUUGCUGACAUUAAUUAAACAUCGGCAUCAGUGGGGACCUUUCAUAAUGAGAUCACUCUGCUGCGGUGGGUGUCUUUAAAAGUUUAAAAGAAGUCGAAGCAGAGUUUCAGCUCACUUAGGAGGGGAGGGACUCAGUAUGACUACAGCAGGACAGCAGGUGAAUGCUAAAAUUCACACAAUGUCGGAGACUUUGUUUUGUAAAUUUUAACAUUAAAAUAUUUUCGUGACUUUGAAAAGAACAUGGUCCAUUUAGGGAUGUUUUAUACAAUUGCUUCUAUGAUAAUUAGUUUGUUUAGCAUUACUCCACUGACUUCUGUUCAUGUGUGCUUUAUGUUUAAGUUGAAAAUUGUGCCAAACAAGUCCAAGUUGAAGCUAGUUAAAUUUUUACAAAUCUAUAACAAAAGGUAACAUAAUUACUGCUUGGUGUGCACAAUAACAUUGUUGUGAACCUAAACAAGGAUCAUGAUAAACUCUACACAGGUUUCAUAUUUCACACUUGCUGCCUACUUUGACCCUGGGACUUUUAAGUACUUAUAUUUUAUGAUUGUCAUAUCUUUAUAUAUUUUUAUUAUCAGUGUAAAUGUUUUGCUCAUUGUGAUUAUCUGCAUGAACAGAAGCUUACAUGAACCUAUGUACAUUUUUCUGUGCAGCCUGUUUGUAAAUGAGCUGUAUGGUAGUACAGGGUUGUUUCCUUUGCUCCUGGUUCAGAUUCUCUCUGACGUUCACACUGUUUCUGCUUCGAUUUGUUUCCUGCAGAUUUAUUGUGUGCACAAUUAUGGAGCUGUUGAAUAUUUAAACUUAGCCAUCAUGUCUUAUGACAGAUACCUUGCUAUCUGUUAUCCUCUACAAUAUAACACACGUAUGACAUAUAACAGGAUUGCCAUGCUUAUUGCUGUAACAUGGUUAUACCCUUUGCUUGUAUGUAUUGUCAUGAUAUAUUUGAAUUCCCAUUCACAGCUGUGUGGGAACAUCAUUUACAAAGUUUACUGUGAUAGCCACUCUGUUGUCAAGCUGGCAUGCUCAGGUACCCAUGUAGCUAAUAUAUAUGGGCUCAUUGCAUCUUUUAGCACAAUCUUUGUUUCUUUCAUUUUUAUUAUUUACACUUAUAUGAAGAUUCUUCUAGUUUGUUUUUCUGGUUCUAAAGAAACCAGACAAAAAGCUGUCAGUACCUGCACACCUCACCUUGCGUCUCUCUUGAACUUUUCUUUUGGGGCUAGCUUUGAAUUAUUACAGAGCAGGUUUAAUAUGAACAGUGUACCCAAUAUGAUGCGAAUUUUUUUAUCAUUAUACUGGAUUACAUGCCAGCCGCUCUUUAACCCUGUAAUGUAUGGCCUGAAAAUGUCCAAAAUCCGUGUCAUAGUUAAAAGUCUGAUAUCAAAUGUAGGGUAUUAAUAUGAAGUCAUCCAACAGAUUAACUUAUUAGCUUUAAUUUGAUCAGACCUUUGAAGUAUUCUAAUGUAGAACUGUGCAUUUUGUUAUAAUGCAAAAAAUAAAGUAAAUUAACUCAA